AUGUUAAUUACUAGUCUUGGUAAAGACUUCUGGGAGACUAGUGGGGACUGGGCUGCACUUUGUAAAUUGCUAUCCUGCUACUCCACCUUUUCCUUCCUUUUCAAAGGCCUGAGUAAUUCUUUCUGCCUUAGAAAUCUAUCCAUUUUUAUCAUCUCUACUGACCUGCUUUCUUUCCUAAUGACACGCUCCCGAAAACUUCAAGGAGGUGAAGAGCACCUGCCUCGUUACUUUGCAAAAAAUGGGUUUGUUGAUGCCGACCCAAAGAAGACAAAGAAAGAUGGUGGUGGCAAGGCCAAUUGGUCUGGAGAGGAGGUGCAUGAUUAUGGCUAUACAUUUGCAAAUGCUCGGCGUCGCUCAAACAGCAGCAACCAAGCACUUGAAGAUUUUAAAACUAAAUUUGAAGCUAUCGAACACGAUCCCGUCUUCGAAGAAGACAUUCAUGGACCAGAGCAAACAGAUACGGAAACCUGUGAGUUGAAGGAUCAAAAUUCGGGACAAUGUGUCAGUAUUGUGGGCAGGUUGCACUCGGAUACCGAGAAGCGAAAGGGGCCAUAGAUGCAUUAUCCUAGCCUGAUCCGUUGAGAUUUGCUGAGGACUGUUUAGUGAAAUUCCCAAGCCAUGUAAUGUUCUAAUGGCGCAAGCUGGAGGGUCUCAAGCAGGGUUCGUAGCUGCAUAUUUCAUGCAAGCUAAGGAGUAGCUGAAGAGAAAUGUCUUUGACUGAUCCCCUAAAUUUCUCAUUGCUAGCCUGCAAAAUCUAGACUCGCAAAUAUUAGUUUCUACUUCACGACCAGGAACAGGGAACACAAAUGUUGCAGCUUCUACAGGAGCCCAAUGUAUGCA